UCUCGUGGGUUUCUUUCUUAACCCCCCCUCCUCAAACGAUAUUCAUGAUUGAACCUUCAACAUUCCCUGGUUUGUGUGUAUUUUUUUUUUUUUUUUUUUGGGUAUAUAUAUAGGAGCCUUUGUUGGAGCUUGUAAUUUUGUUUGGUUUUUCCGAGACUCAUAUCCCUCAUCUCCUCUCUUUCAUUCUCUCUAUCUCUCUCUCUCUCUCUCUCUCUCUCUCUCUCCCCCUCUCUCUCUUAAUCAUUUUAACAUUCCAAGUUUGAUUGAGAUUGUGGUUAAUUUGUGUACAUUAUGGCACAAUUACCUCCUAAAAUCCCAAGCAUGACACCCAGUUGGCCAGACUUUUCUCACCAAAAGAUGCCUCCCAUGGGCCAUUUUGCACCCAAUGGAAAUGCCCCCGCGGUCAACACCACCACCGCAUCUCAAAACUCUUGUUGGGUUGAUGAAUUCAUCGACUUCUCUUCCGCUAGACGUGGGUCCCACCGGAGAUCGGUCAGCGACUCCAUUACCUUCCUCGAGGCACCAAUGCAGGACGAAUGCCGUGCACCGCAUGGUUCACACCCCAACAACCACGAGUUUGAUAGGUUUGACGACGAACAAUUCAUGUCCAUGUUCACAACCGAAGAAAUCUCUGCUGCCGCCGCCGCCGCCGGCCCCACCGGCUCGUCCUCGAACCCGUCCUCGCCUUCCGACCAUAACAGCAUUAAUGAGGACGAGAAAGAAGCGGAUGCGCCUCAUCACAAGCAGCUGAAGAACGAAUCUGAAGAGGUGGAAAGCCAAUGCGAACAACCAAAUCCAAAUGAUGCAACGAAGAGCAAGUCCAAUGACAGGAAAAUCGAUCCAAAAAGGGUCAAGAGAAUCUUGGCAAACAGACAAUCUGCACAAAGAUCACGGGUGAGGAAGCUGCAGUACAUAUCAGAACUCGAACGCAGCGUCACCUCUCUACAAGCUGAAGUUUCAGUUUUGUCACCGCGGGUUGCGUUUCUUGACCAUCAACGCUUGCUGCUAAAUGUCGACAACAGUGCUCUCAAACAAAGAAUUGCAGCAUUGGCGCAGGAUAAGAUUUUCAAAGAUGCUCAUCAAGAAGCAUUGAAGAGGGAAAUAGAGAGGCUAAGGCAAGUGUAUCACCAACAAAACCUCAAGAAGAUGGAGAACGUUGCUCAAUCACCAACACCACCCUCAGACACCAUAACAACUCCUGAAAAAGAACAGCUCCUCAAUGUUUCCUCCUAAUCAUCAUUUAAUUUCCUCUAGUGUGGUUAAUUAAGGGCCUAAUGAAAUCUCAUCAUGUGGUCUCCAAACAAAUUAUACCCUAAAUUCAUGUCUAUUGAAAAUCAUAUCAGCAUUUUGGAUGAUUGA